GACCACGGUGCCCCCCCCCGGCGACCAGUGCCCGCCGAGGCCCUGAUGCCCCUCCCUGGGGCGCAAGGCGAGGCGGAGGCAGCCGUGCGGUCGAGCCGCGUCCUGUCGGCUCAGGGCACCGGCUUCGGAGAGACGCUGUUCGCCGCGGACGCCCCGCGCUCCAAGCUGGUGGCGUGUGCGCCUCGGUUCGCGAUGCGGCCGCACCCCGGCUCUGUGCACAGCCGCGGCGCCUGCGUUGCGGUCGACGAGGCAGCCGCACCCCCGCAAGCGGCGCUCUCCAUCGUGCCCUUCAGAGCCAACUACGUGCGCGUGGGCGGCGGCCCCCGGCAGAACAACCACCGGUACACCGGCUUCGGGAUGGCAGGCUUCAGCGCCGCCCUCGACGCGGCCCAGGCCAACGUGUUCCUGGGUGGCCCCUACGCCUUCUUCGGACAAGGGGUCGUCGCGAGGUCUCCGGCGGCCGAAGGGCGUGCGAAGGAGACCCUUAGCCGCGCCACCUUCGGGCCGCCCGCGCUGGACUUUUCUGGCGAAGGCUGGGCCAUCGUGCUGGGCCGCUUCGAUGGCCUCACGGAGAUGGUGGCCACGUCGGCGCCCAACGCAGACCACACCCGCGGCUCGCGUGCUAACGGACGACUUUUAUCUUUGGGGCAGUACAGCGUCCCUCGCUGA